CUUUACGACUGUGGCUGUUUCUGUCUCUUUUACCCAUUCUACUUUUUGUUGCAGCAGAUAAUAUGGGCGACGUUCUGAGCAAGGCCGCUGAUGGUGUCGGAAAUGCCUUGGCUGCUCCCUUAAAGGCUAUGCUGGGAGGAUCAUGCGAGGAUGUUUGUUCCGGAGUAUGGGAUAUUACUUGUUUCAUCACUCAUCUAUGUGUAUCCGAUUUGAUGAGGCUGUUCAUGAUUCUGAUUCUGUGCUACAUAACUUUGCUGUUCUUCUACCUCUUUUUCAAAUUGGGGGUAUGCCAAUGCGUAGGAAAAACUGUCUGCAAAAUGUAUUGUUCCGCGUGCAAGGCUUACUGCUCUGCACUGGGGUGCAUGGCAUGUUUCUUCUGGCAUAAACUAACCAACGUUAAGCGUGUUAACCGCCGCCGACGGCGCCGGCGCCGCUUCCCCGACGUCGAGACCAGUGAUAGUUCCACCAGCGGAGGCGGCGGCUCUGAUAGAGAUGCAAGCGUCUCUAGAAAGAGAAAGGUGAUUACCAAGGAAAUGGAGAGUAGUCGUCAUCAUAAUCAUCACAGCCGCCACCGCCACCGCCACCAUCAUCGUAGGAUGAACGGAAGACAAUUUGGCGUUGAGGUUAAGGGUAGGCCUCUGAAAUUAAAGAAAUUGAGACAUCAUCGUCGUCAUCAUCAUCAUCCAAGGAAGAACACCGUUGCUCUUGGGACAGAGACUGCAUCCUUCAAAAGGAGACGACUCGUGUAACUUUCUCCGUAUGAGGAGGUUAAAACUUAAAAUGGAGCCUUCAAAACCUUAUCCUUUGUUCUUCACUGUAAAACCCUCCGUCAGGGUUUUUCAUUCUAUCCAAACAAAAAUCUGUAAAUGGAGCGUCCGAAGUUCGGGAAUUCAACGGCGGCAGAGAGCAACGCCGGCGGCCAAGGGAAUGAUAAGAAGAAGAGGGUUAAAAAAAUGCCGGGGCCGAAGGAGAUGGUAUCUCACUACGAGUCCCAGGGUAUGGGCACCGAAGAGGCUUCCCUAAAAGUGAUUGAGGAUCUCCAGAAGGUUCUGUUCAGGAUGGCCGUAACUUCCAGAGAAAAUGGAGGCGACACCGGUUCCGCCGCCGGUACUGCUUCGAGAAAGCUGGAGUCGAUAAGCUCGAGGUUGAUCAGCCUGGACAUGAAAAUGGACUCCAAGCCUAGCUAUCCUCAAACCCUAGCUAUUGGGGUUGCUUCUGGCGCACUUGUUCAGCUCUUCCCUCAUGUCGCCGGUGCUGCUGUCAACAUUUGGAAUGCCGUUCGCUCUGCUACUAAAUCUAAUCCUUGAGUUUCAGUUUUUGGUUUAAAUUGCGAUGAUACGAGCAAUUAUUUGUCUCUUAUUAGUUUUGAUUCGUUCUGAGUAUGCAUUCACUUCAAAUCUUUAUUUCUUCGGUAAUUUGGAGUGAAAUUCCCCCCA